AUGGCGUUUGCACUUCGUUACCCUUCGUUCGACAUGAUACAAUUGUACCAUGAGCGCAACCACCGCUACAGAACUUACAAGCGACAAAAUGAAAAAGGCCUCCCUUGGAUUGAAACGCUCAAAAUGCACGAAAUGGGAGAUUGGAUGGCCUUCACUCUGAAAGAGCAAGCCUUUGGAAGGCUCGAAGCCUUUUGCGUACUUUUGCGCGAGGCAAGGCACCAAGCCAUCUGGGAGAAAUUCCAAAAGAGUAAAUUGACAGCUGAGAUAUUGGAGGAAUAUUUUCAGCGCCACAGGAACCUCGACCAUUUCGUGUCAAUGAUUCGCUUGUACCACUCUAAUCUCGUCUUUCAAAUCGCCGCCACUCUUCUUGAUGAGGACAACCCAGAUCCCGAAUCAGCUGCAUCUAUGAAGAAUACAGUACGAAGGAUCAAAGAUGUCUUUUUGAUGUGGAAGCCUAUCAACGAGAUGGAAGAAAUUCCGGAAGCGGCGAAAAAGUACCAGAUUGAGAUUCCAAAAUUCAACGAUAUAGAGGCGUGGAAUAGGGAAAAGGAGGUAUUGGAUGGUGUUCUUGGUACCCAGGACGCAUAUGCGCAGAAAGAACUCAAAAUGUGUAGAGAAUUCGAAAAGAAGAGAGCAGUCCAUGAUCAGAGACAUUCCGACACUCAGAGAGAAGCCGAGGAGCGGAAACAGGAGCAGCAGCAGUCUACCUGA